AUGGAAGACUCGGACCUGUAUAUGGAAGGGACGUCCCCCCCGGAGGACUCGGUCUACCCGGACAUCGAUGAGACCUUGCAGUACCCGUGGCAAGGCAGCCAGCCGUCUGCAGCGGGAGACGUCCAUGCCUCGGUGAUUGAUCCGCGUUUGUACCGCGAUCUGUUUGCACAGAACGCGCCGGAGGAGGCGGGCCCCGCUUACUCUGAAGAUGAGGACGCCGAUGAAGAGGCCCCUUCAGAAGAGGAACAGACAUAUCUCUAUGACGGAGACGUGACCGACGAUUCGGACUAUGUCUUCGCGGAGGACCAAAGUACCAGUGCGGAGGAGGAAGAUGAGCUGGCAGAAGAUGACGACGACAAUGAUUCAGUUGCCAGACGCCGUCGCCGCCGUGGCGGAGGGCGCUUCUCGGGCCGUUAUGGCGCUCGCGGCGGAAAAGGCAUCAGAAGAGGGCCGCGCAGACCGAUCGAGCCCAGCCCGGAAUUCAAGAUGCUUCAUUCGGAAGCUACCUCGGCCUUCAUUGACGGAGACUACGACCGCGCCAUUGAUCUAGUGAAGCGAGCCAUUCUGAUCAACCCUGAGAUGUUUGCAGCCCACUCACUUCUGUCGGAGAUCUUUCUCGCCCAGGGCCAGAAAGACAAGGCUUUGACGGCUCUGUUCAGCGGAGCCCACACGCGACCGAAAGAUCCCACCGUCUGGGCCAAAGUUGCUCGACUCAUUAUGGAACGCGUGGGGGAGAAUCGCAAAAGUGUCUUGAACGAUGUUAUCUACUGCUACAGCCGUGUGAUCGACAUUGAACCCAGGAACUUCAACAUCCGAUUCCAGCGAGCUGCAAUCUACCGCGAACUGGGGUAUAAUGGCCGGGCCGCUGGCGAAUACGAGCGCAUUCUCAAGGAACGUCCUCACAACGCUCGGGCACUUCGACAUCUUGCAGAGACGUACAUUGAUCUUGAUGAUGUUCAAAAGGCGGUGGAUCACUACGCGGACAGCGUCGAAUAUUUCAUGUCGCACAGCCCAGAGGAAUCCCUCGAUUUCGGCUGGUCCGAUGUCAAUAUCUAUGUCGAGCUCUACAGUUACUUGAACCAGCACCAAGAGGGAUUGACAGCCCUCAAAGGGCUCUCACGAUGGCUGUUGGGCCGCAAGGAUGAUAUUAUGUGGGAGGAUUUUGAUGAAGACGAUCGCGAAUGGGAUUUCGAUGAUUCCCCUCGCCGCAUCAAGACCGAUGGCUAUAUUCCCGGACAAUGGCCGUUGGAGAGCUAUGGACUGGGGCUUCCGCUUGAACUCCGGAUCAAAAUGGGUCUUUUCCGCUUGAAGAUGGGCGAUCAAAAUCAGGACGAAGCAUUGCAUCACUUCGAGUGGUUGAAUCCCGAAGAUACAUCCGAAGGGGCCCGAAUCUUUGACUAUGGUGAUCUUUUCCGAGAAGUUGCCGAUGCCCUGAAAGAAACAGGUGUGUUGGAGGAAGCACUUAGAUACUACGCCCCGAUCCAGCAGACCACGGAGUAUGCGGAUGUCGGUUACUUCAUGGCCAUAGCAGGUUGCUGUAUGGACCUAGGUAAAGUAGAGGACGCGGAACACUACUAUCUCAUAGUCGCCGGGAAUGACGCUACCAACAUGGAGUCACGAGUACAACUCGCGAAGCUCUACGAAAGCCUCGGCAUGAGCGAGCAGGCAUUCAAGUAUGUCAACGAGGCAGUGUUGAUUGGUCGACAAGAAUCCAGGACCCGACGAAAGAGGAAAGACACUCGGCUUGAACAGCUGGCCAUGGAGUUUAGGAUGGCGGAAGCCGGAGAAGCUCUGAAAACACCUGGACUCAAAGCUCCAUCGACAACGUUGACAACAUUGACCGCCGGUAGGGGGCAAGCGGGGAUGGGAGAAGGUAGCCGGACAGAAGACAUUCAGUUCCUGUAUUCGAAGAUGCAGCAACUCGAGCCUCGGAUCAAGGAGGGCGCGGCUGAAGCCAUCGAGGAUUGGCUCGAUAUUGCCGACGCUCUGCUGCGAGAUUUCCGAUCCAACCGAAUCUUCUACCCCAUGCUUCGCAGCAUUACCUUUCAGGGAUAUUCGGUCGAUGCGCACAAGAAAGGGAAAUCUAAGAGCAGGAUGAUGAUGGACGAAAUGCAAGAGAUGGCAGGGCGUCUUCAAGAAUCACUCGGCGAGGUGACAGAUGAGUCCCUACUGGGGGCCAUUCCGACUGACUACCACGGCAUCUCCUUUGACGACUGGCUUGACAUCUUUCUUCAAUAUGCUCUGCUUUCUACGGAGCAGGGCGAGUCGGAGGAAGCGUAUGAAGCAUUGAAUGGUGCGGCCAUGGCCAGUGUCUGGUUGCACAGCCAGCCCAAAACCCGAUUGAUCCAUGUUUGCUGGUUUACAUGUGCGCUCCGGGCUCAAGAUGAAGAAGCUCUGUCCAACGAGGCACGCUGGUUUAUCAAGGAGUACCAGUUCGUCACAGACACCUACCGACUCUUCUCCAUGCUGAGCCACUUGUCCGGCGACCCUCAUCGGUCACUCUUCCAUUCGUCUCCAAACAUGAAAUUCAUGCUCCGCCAGAUCAAAGCGAUGGACUUUACCCUGCCCGACGUCUCCCGGCCUCAGCCGUCACGGCCCUCCAUCUGGAAGGAGCGCGCCGCUCUCUCCACCAAGGACGAGUUCGGCGAACCCAUCCCCGCUAAAGAGCUAGAUAUCGCCCUUCUCGUGCUCUACGGCCACAUCCUCUACUCGGGGAACAGUUUCUACCCAGCGCUAAAUUACUUCUUCCGAGCAUACGCGCUGGACGACCAAAACCCAGCUGUUCUGCUUUCCAUCAGCCUCUGCUACAUCCACCACGCCCUCAAACGACAGUCCGAGAACCGUCACUACCUGAUCAUGCAAGGCCUCUCCUUCAUGCAUGAAUACCGCCUCGUCCGCGAGAAACCGGGGACUCUACUGCAGGAGCGCCAGGAGAUGGAAUUCAACUUCGCCCGUGUCUACCACGCCCUCAGCCUGGUCCAUCUAGCCAUCAAGGAGUAUGAGCUGGUGCUAGUGCUGGGCGAGAAGAUCCAGCGAGAACAACAUCAACAGGAGAGUGGGGAAGACGCAGCCAUGAGCGACGGAACCGGGCCAUCGCAAGCUUACGUCGAGGAUUUCUCGCGCGACGCCGCCUUCGCACUGCAGAAUCUUCACGCUCUCAGUGGCGAUCUCCGCAGUGCACAAGCUGUCACCAACAAGUGGCUCGUUAUCUGA